UUCAGUUAAAUUGAAUUGCGAAAAAGCAACUGUGCCAAUUUAAAAUGAUUAAUUUGCUUUUCAACACAAUACGUAUUAAUCGGCAUCGGUACAAGGACUGGGAAUCCAAUUUCGGAGAAACAUCAACCGAGUAUAGAUUUUCGGACGGCGAGGCUACAGAGUUUGUAUUCGCACGGGCCGGCGCUGUCGAGCUGUCAUUGUUCAAUCGUCGCGCAAUACAAACGUACACAUCGAUGAAUCGGUCCGUUCAAGCGAAGACUGUGAUUCAUAAUUACACGGGUAUGUAUACACGAACCGGUGGGCCGAAUAAUCAGCGAAAAGAAGCGUUUGCAGAUGCACUUGAGCCUCGUGAUAAUUGUGAAUUAAAGAAUUGUGAUGGUGCGCGUGACUUGUACAUGACUCGAGCCGAGUGCCUGUAAUAUUUUUGAAGCUCGA